AUGUUUAUCCUGACAAAAAUUGCCGACUUGGUGCAAAUUGCACCAGAGGACUUCAGGAAACAGAGUUAUGCCGCUCUCGAAGACAAUAUCAACGCCAAAUAUGCCAACAAGGUGUUGCAAAAGAUCGGUCUCUGCAUAUGUCUUUGGGACAUUUUGUGGACAUCAGAAGGCUUGAUUGGCCAAGGUGAUGUUGAAUUCCGCAUGGUGGUGUUCCGUCCCUUCAAGGGAGAAGUCAUUGUAGCUCGUAUUAGUGACCAAUCUCCAGAGGGAAUUCACUUGGUCACCGAUUUCUUUGAUGACAUUUUUGUGCCCUGGACCGAGCUUCCAGAAGGCUCCGAGUUUGAACCAACUGAAAACCUCUGGGUCUGGAAAGAAGAUGACCAAGUCAUGUACUUCGAUAACAACGAGAUGGUGCGCUUCAGAGUAAUUGCCGAAGACUGGCACGACCAAACACCCUCAAAGCCAACUGAGGCCGAAGGCACUGAAGAAGCUGCACAGGCCAACUACAAGCCACCAUACCAGAUCAUCGGAUCUAUGAACGGACCAGGACUUGGGUGCUGCCUGUGGUGGGAGUAG